CAACCCUAUAGGCAACAUCACAUAUUGGACCCGAAAUACUUAAACCCUAAAUCCCCGAAGUAUAUUUCCUGUUGCAGGUUGCAGCCUCUCCGCCUCUCUCCGUCUUCUCUGCCACUGCUUUGCUUCUUUCCACCAUGACAAGGAAGAUUAAGCACUACAGACCUCCUGGAAAGAAGAAGGAAGGUAACGCUGCCAGGUUCGUCACCAGGUCACAAGCCGUCAAGCAGCUCCAGUGCAAUCUCACGCUCUUCAGGAAACUAUGCAUUCUGAAAGGUAUUUUCCCCCGGGAGCCAAAGAAGAAGGUCAAAGGAAAUCACCACACUUAUUAUCAUUUGAAGGAUAUUGCAUACCUUCAACAUGAGCCAUUACUAGAGAAGUUUAGAGAAAUAAGAGCUUACCAGAAGAAGAUAAAGAAAGCUUUGGCAAAGAAGGAUAAUGAUCAGGCAAUUCGUCUCCAGACUCGCCAACCUACUCCCAGUUAUGACAAGGUCAUUCUUCAAAGGUAUCCAAAAUUUGUUGAUGCGCUCAGAGACUUGGAUGAUUGUCUGACAUUGGUGCAUCUGUUUGCGGUAUUACCUGCUAUAGAAAGGUUGAAAAUUGAUGUGGAAUGUGUCCAUAAUUGUCGAAGGUUGAGUCAUGAAUGGCAAGCUUAUAUUGUCCGCACACAUAAAUUACGGAAGGUUUUUGUAUCUGUAAAGGGCAUAUAUUAUCAGGCCGAGGUUGAAGGUCAAAAUAUCACAUGGCUGACACCUCAUGCAAUGCAGCAAGUAUUACCAGAUGAUGUCAAUUACAAUGUUAUGUUAACAUUUUUGGAGCUUUACCAGAAUCUUCUUGGCUUUGUCAAUUUUAGGCUUUAUCAUACCAUAAAUGUGGAGUAUCCUCCAAUUCUUGACCCUCAAUUGGAAGCUUUAGCAGAAGGCCUUUAUGCACUUUCAAGGUACAUUGAUGCUCACUCUAGUGUGCCCACAGAAGAACCUAAAGCUUCCAGUUCAUCAUUAUCACAGCAAGUUAGGGCCCAGGUGGAAGGGACAGAAACUGAGGAGUCUGAAAUAAGACUUGCACAACUUCAGCAUCAACUUCCUUCCAAUGAACCUGGUGCGCUAAUGCACCUUGUUCAUGAUGCUAUGGGUGAAGAUGAAGAUGAAGAUGAUCAAGCUACAAAGGAGUGCAAGAAGCUGUUUAGAAAUAUGAAAUUUUUCUUGAGUCGUGAGGUUCCCAGAGAAUCCUUGCUUUUUGUCAUUCCUGCUUUUGGUGGUAUUGUUUCUUGGGAUGGAGAUGGAGCCCCAUUCAAGGAAGCUGACCAGAGCAUUACUCAUCAGAUUGUUGAUAGGCCAACCCAAGGUCAUAAAUACCUUUCAAGAGAAUAUGUUCAACCACAAUGGAUUUUUGAUUGUGUCAAUGCAAGGAUUAUAUUGCCAACUGAGGAUUACUUAGUGGGAAGGAUUCCUCCACCUCACCUAUCACCUUUUGUUGACAAUGAGGCAGAAGGUUAUGUUCCUGACUAUGCAGAGACCAUCAAGCGUUUGCAGGCUGCUGCCAGAAACGAAGUCCUUCCAAUUACAGGCAUGGGAAAGGAAGAUCUAGAAGAUCCUCAAAAUAUGUUGGUUGAAGGUUUUAUCAGUCGAACAGAGGCUAUUGAAGCUGCUGAGAGGAAGCAGAAGAUGGAAGCUCUUGAGAAGCAAUAUCGUGAAGAAUUGAAAGCAGAACUUCAGGGUCAAGAUUAUUCACCAGCAUUGAAGAAAGUUAAGCAGAGCUCUUUUGAGGAGAUGCAGCCUAGAGAAGAGCAUCUUCCUGGUUUGCAGCAGAUUGCUGAGGAUGCUGAAAACAGGGACGUAUUAACUAUGUCUCGUAAAAAGAGAGGCCUUUAUGAAGCUAUUAAGAAAAACAAAGAGCGGAAGAGUUCUCGGGUUAAUAAACUCAAGGAACGGAAGAAAGCUAUUGAAUCUCAGAAAGCUCAGAAAAAUUGAAAUCUCUGAUAUAUUUUCUUGCUUUGAAGUUGUUGGCUUACCAAAUUGUACAACCUUCAUAUAGUUUGUGCCUGGCUAUGUAAACUCGGCAUGUAUUAGGUUGACUUUGCCAAUUGAAGUUGUAAUUGGCGUAAAUUUUGGUAAAUCUACUGUUACUUUUAAGACUGAAUUUGACAUAAUUGAAUUUUCACAUUUUUGUUUUGUGGCA